AUUUCUCGUGUUAUAAUCAUUCUGAUUCGUACCCAGAAGGACUUGGCUUGGAGAUGCUUGCAGAAGCCCAGCCUCAGAAUCAUCCACGGUUGCGAGAAAAGCUUGACGCUAUGUUAAAGAAAUGCGAAAAGGAGGGAUGUUUUCCGGAUGACCUCGACUUAACCGUCGCUCCCGUUCAACGGCACAACGACUUUAUGAUCCAAUGGAUCUAUGUCAUUGACCUCGACAGAAACACGUUUCACAUCAAUGGUCAGCCAUUCUUCCGCCUCGACAACCUCCCUGACCCAGAAACAUUCGAGGAUGUAAUUAGUGAGGAUAGCUACAACGUUAAAGCUUGUAGCGUUGAAUGCCCCGCUGAAUUUCGGUAUAACUGGAAGGUCCCACCUCCUGCGGUUGACGAGAGCGUUCUCGCACGUUAUCACGAUCUCUCCAGUGGUGAUACAGCUGUAUCGAUCGGCACCAUGUUAUCCCUCCACGACCAUCUCACAGACAAAGAAUCAGUUCGUGUUGGGCUGAUCGAAGUGCUGAUCGGUCAAUGCAUAACUACUCAGCCAUUAUCCAUCGCCUUCAAAGAAUUUGAGAGUUUUACGGACCACAGAGAGAUCGAGCCAUACUACUGGUCAAUUGCAUGCUCGGUGGCCAAUCUCCCAUUUAACAUUUACGCCCUUCGUAACGAGCCCGAUCCCUCCGACCGUCUCUCCCAAACAGAGCUCGUAUGGGUUCGUCGAGACACAUGCGUUCAUAUCACAACACAUCUCGACGACGAGAAGAAUUUGCAGGGAUCUGUUGUGCGAUUGGUCGAUGAAGUGAUGAAAUGCCCGAACAAAGACGCUGUCGUUUUCGGUGUCGCUUUUUCCAUCUACCAUUGCGUUAUCGUGCGCAUCGAUAGACUUAC